GAUGGUGACUCAAACAAUUCAGAGCGGCAGAACCUCUCUCUGGAAACUCAUGUUUCAGUAAGUAUACAUCACCUUGGGGCAAGCAGAAGGCUAUCUUCAAGCACCAAAUAACAGCAUAGAAACCAAAGAUGUGUCUGCCAUUGUCUAUAAAGGUCAUUUACAGAAUAUAGUUCUGAAAAGAAGAACUUUGCAAAGAUUCCUUGGCGUUCUUCUCAAACCAACAAAAUACGAGGGAGUCAUCAUGUUUAUUUAACAUCCUAGACCAGGAACCUAGAUGUAGAACACCAUACUUGCAUAACCGAUGGACUUUAAGAGAAAAAAUAUCCAGAUAUCCAAAUUGGUUUCUUUUAUGACUGCAGUAAAAAGGUAACCUCAGUGCUUGAGACGAAGACCACAAGCCACAGAGACCACCCCAUCCGGAACCACAAACCUUCACUGUGUAUCUUACAGCUGUUAAUAGUCAAUCAAAAGGACCUUCUAAUUUUGACUGAACAAUUGCUGCACAAACAUUUUUUCUCGGGUGCUGUUUCAGCUGUAUUUGUAACCGAGAGAGAUAGAGAAAGGAACAUGACUCACUCCCCCAUUCUCUGUGCUUCUUUGAUGUCAGUGGAGCGUGUGUUUCUUAUCAUCAUCGGUAUCUGUGUCAUCACUAUACUGGGACAUGCUCGCCCUGAAGGAGUCAUCUUGUUUGAACAUUUGCCCUUUGAACACCAUCUAACUCCAGGAAAGACUGCAGUGUUUAUCUGCAACAUUUCAGCACUUAACUUUAACCCCACAGAUAUAAAUUGGUCAAAGACCCAUAAUAACAACACAUCUAAAAUAGCAGACAUAAAAAGCCCCAAAGAUACAAACAGAAUACACAUCGAGACAAACUGGCCCUCCAGAAUUGCUGAGCUGCAUAUUAGAAAUGUCACUGUAAAUGACAGUGGAGAAUAUCACUGUGAAUAUCUGAAUGUCACGGCGAACAGUAAAAUUAUGUUAAGCAACAGAUCAAGACUAAAUGUUACAGGUGACAACGAAUAUGCUAAGACAUUUACUGAAUCUACAACUCAAAGUCCCAUGAACAAAGGCACAAUAAAACUAGCUGUUUCCAUCUCCACUUCCAUAUUCCUCAUCCUACUGCUGCUCUCUACAUCACUGCUGCUGUGGCAUAAAAAACGAAAUAAGACACCACAGACUCAUCUGAAGCACCUGGUACCAAGUUCCAGCCAGAGUGCCAACGAGUGUAGUACAAGCCCUGUUCAACAUAUUCAGGAAAAACCUCCACAAGACCCUGAAGUGAUCACUGUAGACUAUGGUGUGUUGGCAUUCCCAAACAACUGUCCCUACAGAAAGUCAGUGGAACUGUGUACUCUGGAUCAAGUGGAAUACGCCACAAUCAUGUUCCCACAAGGGACCCCAUCCUUGGGAGAGAGGAGUGGAAAAGAUGCUGCUUGUAACCGUUCACCUCGGGUGUGCAGAGACUAAAUAACCAACAAACAGUUUGAAUCAUUAAGGGGCUCCAAAACAUAUGUCAGAAUGUUGGAUUUCUAUUCGGAAUUUACCAGAACUCAAAGCAAAGUAUCUUACUUGGCUUAGUCUGACCCAGACAGAACGAGACACAUUAAAGCAAAACAUUUACACUGUUUGGAGUUCAUAUAGAAUUUCCCAAGUGUCUUAGUAAUAAUAGAAUUAUAUAGAGGUAAACAAUCUCAUAGCCUGCAGACGUGGGACAUAUUUUUUAUACAUACAUACAGUACGACUCAAACAUACAAUGGGUUCCAGAAAUGUGCAGUACAUAGUUCUAGAGAAUUGGCCCAUCUAACAGUUAUCUUAAGGAACAUCUCAGGAUAAGAGGCUAAAUUUAAAAUCCCAGUAAUAUAUACAUAUACAGUGCAAUAUGGUAUAUGGUGAGUAGAUUUAUAUCUUGGUAAUACACCAUUAUUUUUCAUCUCUUUGGAAAAAAAAUGUGUCUAAAAAGAAAAAAUGGGUUGUUUUAUUAGUGUUAUUUUAUUUAUUAAAAGUUUUCCUUUUUAUUU